AGCUCCGUGUGUCGCUGUCCACUACAUCGGUGGUGCUGGUUUGUGAAUCCACAUUCUGAGUUGCAUAUCUGAGCAUCAACAAACGCGAAGAUGGCGGCCAGGACGAUGCAAGCGGCGCGAUGCCCCACAGACGAGCUAUCUCUGACCAACUGCGCCGUGGUGAGUGAGAAGGACCUGCAGUCUGGACAGCACGUGACGGUGAAGACCACGCCCAACCACAAGUUUGUGUUUACAGUAAAGAGCCACCACACUGUGACGCCCGGCACUAUUGCCUUCAGUUUGCCCCAGAGAAAAUGGGCUGGUUUAUCCAUCGGACAAGAAGUGGAAGUGGCCAACUACAAUUUCGACAAGUCUAAGCAGUGCGUCGGCCUCAUUACCAUUGAGAUUGACUUCCUCCAGAAGAAGAGCACAGACACCAGUCCCUACGACUCGGACAAGAUGGCUGGCGAGUUCAUUCAGCAGUUCAACAAUCAGUCCUUCUCUGUGACCCAGCAGCUGGUGUUCAGUUUCUGUGACAAACUCUUCGGCUUGGUCAUCAAGGAUAUGGAGGCCAUGGAUCCUAGCAUCCUAAAAGGGGAGCCACCAUCUGGGAAGAAACAAAAGAUUGAGGUUGGCCUGUUGGUAGGCAACAGUCAAGUGAUUUUUGAGAAGGCAGACAGUUCUUCACUCACGUUAGUGGGCAAGGCUAAGACCAAAGAGGCUCGCCAGACCAUCAUUAACCCCGACUGGAACUUUGAGCGCAUGGGCAUCGGUGGUCUGGAUAAGGAGUUUUCAGACAUCUUCCGUAGGGCCUUCGCCUCUCGCGUCUUCCCCCCAGACAUCGUGGAACAGAUGGGCUGUAAGCACGUGAAGGGUAUCCUGCUCUUCGGGCCUCCUGGUUGUGGUAAGACCCUGAUGGCCAGGCAGAUCGGCAAGAUGCUGAACGCUCGCGAGCCCAAGAUUGUCAACGGCCCUGAGAUCCUCAAUAAGUAUGUGGGAGAGUCAGAGGCCAACAUCAGGAAGCUGUUCGCAGACGCUGAAGAUGAGCAGAAGAGGUUGGGCGCCAACAGCGGCCUGCACAUCAUCAUCUUUGACGAGCUGGACGCCAUCUGCAAGCAGAGAGGCACGGGCGCCAGCAGCACGGGCGUGCACGACACCGUGGUCAACCAGCUGCUGUCCAAGAUCGACGGCGUGGAGCAGCUCAACAACAUCCUGGUCAUCGGCAUGACCAACAGGCCUGACUUGAUUGAUGAUGCUCUUAUGCGACCUGGCAGAUUUGAGGUCAAGAUGGAGAUCGGUCUUCCUGAUGAGAAGGGCCGUUUCCAGAUCCUGAACAUUCACACAAAGAAGAUGGUAGAGUUCAACCUGCUGGCCAGUGAUGUGGACAUCAAAGAGCUGGCAAAGGAGAGCAAGAACUACAGUGGUGCUGAGCUGGAGGGUCUUGUCAGAGCUGCCCAGUCCACUGCCAUGAACCGCCACAUCAAGGCUACAUCCACAGUGGAAGUGGACAUGGAGCGUGCUGAGAAGCUGCAAGUUCACAGGGAUGACUUCAUGGGAUCUCUUAACAAUGACAUCAAGCCUGCCUUUGGUACGAACCAAGAGGACUACUCCAGCUACAUCAUGAACGGCAUCAUCAAGUGGGGCGACCCAGUCAGUCACGUGCUGGGUGAUGGCGAACUGCUGGUGCAGCAGACCAAGAACAGUGACCGCACACCCCUGGUGACCGUCCUACUGGAGGGACCACCCCACAGUGGUAAGACCGCCCUGGCUGCCAAGAUCGCAGAGGACUCCGAGUUCCCCUUCAUCAAGAUCUGCUCUCCGGACAAGAUGAUCGGUCACUCUGAGAUCUCUAAGUGCCAGGCCAUCAAGAAAGUUUUUGAUGAUGCAUGCAAGUCACAGCUGAGCUGUGUGGUCGUAGAUGACAUUGAGCGUUUGCUGGACUACGUACCAAUUGGGCCCCGGUUCUCCAACUUGGUUCUACAGGCUCUACUUGUUCUGCUCAAGAAACCUCCUCCAAAGGGUCGUAAGCUGCUGGUGAUCGGUACGACCAGCCGUAAGGACGUGCUGCAGGAGAUGGAGAUGCUGGAUGCCUUCAGCACCUCCAUCCACGUGCACAACAUCUCCACAGGAGAGCAGCUCGUGGAGGCUCUGGAGCUCCUGGGCAGCUUCUCGGAGCCUGAGCGGGCCAACAUCGCCCGGGAGGUGAAGGGCAAGAGGGUGUGGAUCGGCAUCAAGAAGCUCCUCAUGCUCAUCGAGAUGUCCCUACAGAUGGACAAGGAUUACAGAGUCAGCAAGUUCCUGUCGCUGCUAAGAGAUGAGGGAGCUGGCCAGUUCUAGGAGACAGGAGACGAGAGGAUGAGGAGGAGGAGAGGAGAGGAGAGGGGGUCCAUCCCGCCAGAGAGGCGCCCCGUCAUGCAUGUUUAUGAUGGCAUACUGAGAUUGUUCCUGCUAUAGUCCAGCACCGCCCGCACGCGCACACACACACACACACACACACACAUACACGCACACACACACACACACACACGUACACACUUCAGAGGCAAAACACCUUCAGUGGGAGAGCAGUACUACUCCGUGUUGUCGGUAUUAAUGCAAUAUCAAUCUCCAAGUGUCGUCUUGUGCUUUCGUGUGCCGUGUCUAUUGCUAAUAUAUGUUUCAAUCUACAGUAUAGUCCAAAAGAAAUGAUUACAGCACAUUUCUGUGAAUCCUGAGCCUCGAGGUGUGCUUCAGUAUGACAACCUAUACCAUAUAUGUACUAUAUGUACAUAUACAGUAUAUACAUUAUGCAUAUAUGAGAUGUAAGUCUUUCAAACUGAUCUAGAAAUACAAUCUGAGAAGGCCUGUAGUUUGUGUAAAGUGGAAAUGUAAUUUACUGUCUGUGACGUGUGUAAAUGCAAAUUUAUUCAUCUUCUCUAUAUUUAUUUAUUUAUUUUUGUACAUAGGACACAUUGCCGUGAUCACAUUCCAUUAAAUGACAUUUGUUUAUGUAUAGCUUCAGUAUACAUAUCAGAUACCUAUAUGUUUUGCUCCUGUGUAGAUUAUGAUUGUAGAUGGCAGUUGAAGUGUUUAUAUACAGUUUACUUUUCUGUAUAAUGUAAAUGUCAGAAGUCAGUGUUUUAAAAAAAAUACCACACUUAUAAAUAUGAGUGAGAUUUAACCCAGAGAACAACCUUUAAUGUAUCGUAGGGUGAAUUAGUUGGAUUUCUGGAUCACUGGAUUUCGAUCUUGUACUCAUGUACUGUGGAUGACUGUUCAGGUUGUGUGUGUGUGUGUGUGUGUGUGUGUGUGUGUGCGCGCGUGCGUGUGCACAUGUGUGUGUGUGUGUGUGUGUGUGUGUGUGUGCACGUGCGUGUGCACAUGUGUGUGUGUGUGUGUGUGUGUGUGUAUUUAUGUAUGUAUUUAUGUAUGUGUGUGCAUGUGUGUAUGCAGUUUUGGAAGAUUCAAUCAGUAUGUGGGUGUAUGUGGUGUGUGUGUGUGUGUACACUGUGAGUAUUUUUGUCCAUGUUUUGGCCUGCCUAAUGACCUCAUGUUCUUAAUUAUGAUCUUUUUAUUUAAAUUGUACUUUAUUUUGGUGACAAGUGUGUUGAUCAGAGUACUUUAUCACCAUUAAAGAUGUAUGGCAAGGAUGCAGAUGUAUUAUUGCAAUAAAAGCACAGGCACACAUA